AUGGAUACUUCGCGCGCCGUUCUCAACGCCGACAAAGCUGAUACAUCUGCAGACUCUAGUACCCAAAUCGUUUCCGCCGAGGAUGUUAUGUUAGAUUCUGUUACCCAAAUCAUUCCCGACGGCGAUGUCAUGCUGGUGGUUGGCCCGAGCCAGCAAAAGAUUCAGAUCUCCUCGCAUUUCCUCAAGCAUAUCUCACCCGUUUUCCGAGCUAUGCUUGAUGCACCAAUGAAGGAAGGAGAAGCGCUUGCCAACAAAUGUGAUGAUGGCCCUGUCGAGAUCGUCCUCCCUGAAGAUAAAGAACAGCCGAUGGUGCAUGUACUACAAAUGCUCUAUGGUUCAGAUCCAAGCGCCAGACGAUUCUCGAUGACUGAAGUCAAAGAGAUCGCAAUUAUUGCAGACAAGUACGGGAUGGCAGACCGUCUCGCAAUCUUCGCACCUUUCUGGCUUCGAGAGCGCGCCGUCAAACGCUUUUCAGAAAUUCAUGAAUGGGUUUGGAACACCUUGAUCGUGGCUUACAUCCUGAAGAUCGAUUGGGCUUUCUUCGAAGUGACUAAGACCAUGCUUCGAACGAAGACAAGCGUCCUAAAGUUCAUAGGCAGCUUUCAUGACAAGCAUGUUGGUCUCCGCCUCGGAAUGGCUAUUGAAGAACUGCGCAGCACCUACUUAGGGAUGUCGGGCAAUGGAUACGGAACUGAGGUGGGCUUGUGCUUGUACUGCUUUUCUCACGCAACCGAAUCUUUCACCAAGCAGCGUGCAGGGUGCCCAUUCGCUGUUCGUCACUUUUCAACGCAUCGGCUGGCAUGA